AUGGCUACGGCAGUCUCUCAGGGGGCCGCUGGCAACAACGCCUUCAAGGACAAGGAGAAGCCUAUGGCUGUGCGGACGUCCAACAUUCUGGCCGCUAGAGCCGUCGCCGAUGCCAUCAGAACGUCUUUGGGACCUAGAGGAAUGGAUAAAAUGAUCCAAACACCCAAGGGCAACACGAUUAUCACCAACGAUGGAAACACUAUGUUGAAGGAUAUGAGCGUUAUGCAUCCCGCAGCCCGGAUGCUCGUCGACCUGAGUGCCGCUCAGGAUGUUGAGGCUGGUGACGGAACUACAUCGGUUGUCGUAAUCGCAGGAAGCUUGCUGGGUGCUGCAGAGCGUCUCUUGUCCAAGGGCAUCCACCCCACCGUCAUCUCGGAGUCAUUCCAAAGAGCUGCAGCCGCAGCCGUCGAGAUCCUUCACAACAUGUCCCGCCCUAUCAGCCUGGUCGACCGUUCCACUUUACUCCAGGCGGCCUCUACGUCUCUUUCAUCGAAAAUUGUCUCGCAGCACUCCGGCCUCCUUGGCCCUAUGGCCGUCGACUCGGUGCUGAAGGUCGUGGAUCCUAAGACUGCUGAGAACGUUGACCUCAGGAAUAUCCGGAUUGUUAAGAAGGUUGGCGGCACAAUUGAAGAUAGUGAGAUGAUUGAUGGUUUGGUGUUGAACCAGUCCGUUAUCAAGAGCAGUGGCGGUCCCACAAGAAUUGAGAAGGCCCGGAUAGGUCUGAUUCAGUUCCAGCUAAGCCCGCCCAAGCCUGAUAUGGAGAACCAGAUUGUCGUCAACGACUACCGCCAGAUGGACAAGAUCCUCAAGGAGGAGCGUCAGUACCUUCUCAACAUGGUUAAGAAGAUCCAGAAGACGAAGUGUAACGUCCUCCUUAUUCAGAAAUCCAUUCUCCGUGAUGCUGUGAACGACCUCUCCCUCCACUUCCUCUCUCGUCUCAAGAUCCUUGCCAUCAAGGACAUCGAGCGUGAUGAAGUUGAGUUCCUGUGCAAGAGUCUUGGCUGCAAGCCCGUCGCCAACGUCGACUCUUUCACCGAGGACAAGCUGGGCACUGCUGACCUCGUGGAGGAGGUUCAGUCCUCCGGGGCCCGCUAUGUCAAGAUCACCGGCAUCAAGUCCGCCCCUACCACCAACCAGACCGUGUCGAUCGUCGCUCGCGGUGCCAACAACCUCAUCCUGGACGAGGCGGAGCGUUCCCUGCACGACGCCCUCUGUGUCAUCCGCUGCUUGGUCAAGAAGCGCGCCCUUAUUGCCGGUGGUGGAGCACCCGAAAUCGAAGUCGCCCAGACCCUCGCAAAGCGCGCCCGUGAGCUCACCGGCACAGAGGCUAUCUGCUGGAAGGCCUUUGCGGAUGCGAUGGAAAUCAUCCCCACCACGCUGGCUGAGAAUGCCGGUCUCAACUCCAUCAAGGUGGUUACCGACUUGCGUCACCGCCACGCCCAAGGUCAGCACAACGCCGGUGUCAGCAUCCGUAGCGGCGGUGUGAAGGACGAUAUCACCGAGGAGAACAUCCUGCAACCUCUUUUGGUGAGCACCAGCGCGAUCGAACUCGCCGCUGAGACCGUUAAGAUGAUCAUGAGAAUUGAUGACAUUGCCUUGUCGAGGUGA